AUGGACUACCAUACCAACAACAUCACCGACACGGUUCCAGAAGAACUCCCUAUCUUCACCCAGAAUAAGGAUGGGGGAUACACGAUCACCAGAGGUGACAUACUUCCCAAGGUCGAGCCAAUCGAAACCGACGAGGACGAGAGUGUCGAGGAUGAGGAAGGGGAGAUUGGCGAUGACACUACAAUGACCGUCGUUGACAAGUCCCCACAGAAGAAGAGGAGAGUGACAGGUGACCCCAGACCAAAUCUCAAGAAGCAACGCAAGCCAUCAACAUCAACCGAUGGUGAUUCCGACUCGGCCCCCAAUGACUUGACAUUCGUCUACAGACCAAUGGAUUAUGGAAAGGUCAAGCCAUUCCUUGUCACCAAUCAACAGCUAAAGACAGCAAAGGGAAUCGACGGUCUCCAGUACUUCACCGAUCCACUUGGUGUCAAGACUCAUUUGGUGGUGGGUGUCCGAAUCCCACCUAGUAGCGACAUCAUUGCCAGUGGCUUCUCAACAUUCCUUGGUCUCAUUCUAUCAAUGUUCAUCAAGUCACCUCCAUUGGGCAAGCAGUUCCUCGCUUUGUUCAAGACGUUUAGUGAUGAGAACAACAAUGUCGAUCUCUCUGCCAGCUCUCUUCUACUGUUCCACGACAACUGUUUGACCAAGGCACCAAAGGAGGUUCGCUCAUUCACCUUUGCUGUCCUAUGGGUACUGAACAACAUUGUCGAUCAACUGCAUCCGGAACAUCGUGAGAGUUUUCGUGUCCACCCCGAUCAACUUGGUGUUAUUACAUCAGCUAUUGGUACUGGCAUCGACCCCAUUAAUUAUCCCGCGUUGGCCGAUCUUUCAAUCAGAUCCAUCCCUACUGAAUCUGGUCUGUACAGAGAGGAUGAAGCCAUCAGGUUGGACGUAGACCAGUUCGCCAAGAAGGCACAGAAGAAGAAACAGCAAGCAGAGGCAGAGAAGGAAGCGGCUGCUGCCUCCAAGCCAAGUGGUCUAUGCUCACAACUCAAGAUUGACGACGGAGAGGAUAUCGACGACAAUGAAUGUGAUGACUCUGAUGCAGACCAAGAGGAUGACGAUGGAUUCCAGCGUUACAACAACUUGACGUACAAAGUUGGUGUCACAAUCACGAAGAACCGUGUGAAGGUCCGCGAGCUUGGUUCAAGGUCUGUCAUUUGCACAAUCAGUCCCAUCAAGAAGCGUCAAUUCAACAUCAAGAAGAAGCCACAGGAAGAGUAA